AUGGACGACACGGUCACGAUCCGCACCGCCGACGACCCGCCCGUCGAGCUCAAGCCCUCUCGCGUCGUCCUCCUGGCCGGCAGCAGGGUCUUUGCCGACAUGUUCUCGCUGCCUCGCGUCCCGGCAAAGCGCAAGGGCGCGCCCGCCGUCGCCGACGCGUUCGACGUCGCCGAGAAGCGGGACGAGCUCGAGCUGUUCCUCAAGUUGCUCAACAUCGCCCACGAGAAGGAGGACCCGGUCGCGGAGAUGCUCAGCCUCGACUGGCCUGUCGUCGCUCGCCUCGCCGACAAGUACGACGCGGCCGGCGUCAAGGCGCUCGCGCUCGGACGUUGCUGGCAGUGGCAGGCGCAAGGGACGCCGGAGAUGGCCGCAGAGGCGAGCGCCGCCUUCCACACCGCGAGGCUCGUCAAGGAGCAGGUGUUCACGACCCAGUACCUCUUCAACAUGCUCGAUCUUCUGAACUUCCAAUUGUUCAAGAAGGAGAUCGAUAGUUGCCGGGCCGACUUUUUAUCCUGGGUCGAGUCGUUGCGGACGCACGCCAUGACCUUUCUCCUCAAGGAGCCGACGCCAUGGUCCAGGAAGUGCCACUGUGUCGGCACUGGCCAAGCCGUCUACAGGGCUGCUUGGUACGAGGGCGUGCGUCGCUCCCUCACGACGUGGCCAAAUCCGAGUCCUUCCGGCAGCUGGUCCGACAUCAACCGCGUACGGGCGCCGUUCUCGGCCAACAUAUACAGUCAAAGCCAGGGCAUCUGCGUCACUGCCGCCCUCUCGUGCGAAAGAUUGCUCUGGACGUCGACGCCCAUUACCGCCAGACGGCGCCACUCUUUCCUGUCUGAGCCUAUCUACAGCCGUCCUCUCGUCCCAACUCAGACCCUCCUCUCUCGACGUUCCUCGACUUGUUGUCCCUCCUGCAGUCGCACACCUUCCUCUUC